GGAAUUUACAUGCAUAGGGACCUUUUUGCGCCAAAGUAAAAUAUGGUGCUCUUUCUGCACGAAAGUAAAAUAUGGUAACGCGAUUUUGGAAAGUCACUCGUUUCGAAAGCCAGAGUUUCCUCCAUUUCCCGACGACACAACAGCUUCUGCACCGUCUCGCUCUCGUGUUUUCUGCUGAUUCUGCUCAUCUGCAAGUGUUGGCUCAAAGAAGAAGAUCAGAGGAAGAUGAUUUUCUGAGAGGAUAGAUUGCGAUGGCUGCAACACCAUUAAUUCCAUUCAUUGACAAAGGUUUCCUCUUUUCAAGGUUCAUUCCAUCACUACCUCUUGAUGUUGGAAGAUCUAGAGCAAGCAGUAAAACCAGUUCCAAGAAACUUGGAAGUCUCUCGUUGGACAUUUCAUGUUCGGCCAACAAGAUUGUACGAAGUCCAUCCCUAGACAGACAUGUAGUGAAGCAGAACAAGAUUCGGUUUGUUCAGAAGCUGAAAACACUGUUACUCUCCAAACCAAAAUAUUUCAUACCGAUUCAGAUCCUCUACAAAUGCCGGUCCUAUCUCUCCCUUGAAUGUUCACGGUCCAUUCUUCCCAUGAUCCGUCGGUAUCCUUCCAUUUUUGAACUCUUUACAAUACCGAUACCACCUUUGCCUAUAAAUGCCACUAAACCAUUGUCUCAGCUCUGUGUUCGUCUGACUCCUGCUGCAGCUUCCCUUGCAAUGCAAGAAUUAAAGCAUCGGUCUGAAAUAUCUGAUAAAUUGGCAACUAAGCUUCAGAAGCUUCUAAUGUUGUCAUCCCAUCGCAGGUUGCUUUUGUCUAAGCUCGUUCAUCUCGGCCCAGAUCUCGGUCUCCCCCCUAACUUCCGGUCCCGACUUUGCAAUGACUAUCCCGAAAAGUUCAAGACCAUAGAUACAUCAUAUGGGCGAGCACUCGAGCUUGUCUCAUGGGAUCCUGAAUUAGAGAAACCAAUGCCAUCUCCUGAUGUUGAUCGGGGAUUGAUAGUUGAUCGCCCUUUGAAAUUCAAGCGUCUGAGACUCCGGAAAGGGUUGAACUUGAAGAGACGGCACCACGAUUUCUUGAUAAAAUUUAACGAUUUUCCCGAUGUAUGUCCUUACAGAACAUCAUCAGAAAGCCUAGCAAAAGAGUCCAUAGAGGCAGAGAAGAGGGCAUGUGCUGUUGUGAGAGAGGUGUUGGGUUUAACAGUUGAGAAGAGGACUUUGAUUGACCAUUUGACGCAUUUCAGGAAGGAUUUCGGGCUACCAAAUAAGAUAAGAGCAUUGGUAGUGAGGCACCCAGAACUCUUCUAUCUGAGCCUGAAAGGCAUGAGGGACUCUGUAUUUCUUGUGGAAGCAUACAAUGACAAAGGCGAGCUCCUAGAGAAAGACGAGACAUUGGUUAUAAGAGAUCGGUUAAUAGAACUUGUUCAAGAAGGAAAGAGAAUGAGGCGUGAGCGGAGAAGGAGGAAAGCCGCCAAGGAGAAUGGCAUUGAUGAUGAUGAUGAUGAUGAUGAUGAUGCCAUCAUUGUCGAUUAUGUUAGUGAUAUGGAUGAUGAGUAUGAUGAUGGAUUUGAGAAUCUGUUUGAUUCGGAAGAUUCAGGUGUGGAAUAUCAUUUUGAAGAAGACGACGACAAUGAAGAAGGCUUAUGGGCACAAAAUCAUGGUGAAAGUGAAGAGUAUUGGAUCAGAGAGUUUUCUUCUUCUGAUAAUAGGAAUACUGUAGGAGGGAGUGUUGAGUCUUGGUGAAGUGACUUUGGUGGUGAAGUGACUUUGGGGGGUUAUUGUACAAAUACACAUUGUGUAAUUCAAAGUUGCAUUUGAUCACAUUUACAAAUUUGUUUCUU